AUGGGCCUCACAGACAAAAUCCACUCCAAAUUCUCCAACCACAAGGAUACCGAUACGGACAAAAACGCCGGUGGGUUCGCUCACAAGCGCACUCCCUCGGGCCAGUUUACUGAUUUGAGACUGGACCUGGCCGUCAAAGAGAGAGCUGCUCUCUACGGAGACGAGCUUGAUGUAAAAGCGGGCCGGUCGAUGGCCAACGAUAACUUGAUGAACCCGAAAGACGGAACUCGGUCUUUUGACGCGGGAAACCAAACUUCCUCGUUUGGAAAGGACUCGUAUGGCAAGGACUCGUAUGGUAACAAGCCCACUAGCACCACUGGCCACAAUUCGGCAGCCUUUGGCACGGCAGCAGCUGGACCUGCUGAUGUGGCGGGCGUCGCAGCCUCUGACCAGAAAUUCGGAGAUACCGAAUACACGUCAUCACACGCUAGAUCUCAUGACACUGGAGCUGCUGUCACAGGUGACCACAGCUCGACGGCGCGGGGCACGGACCUUCCCGGCUCAAGCUUUUCAGUUAGAUCCCACGACCAUGGCUCUGGCUUUGGAGCCCCCAAAACCACGUCGGCGCAUCACUCUGGUGCCACCCCCCGGUCGAGUCUCCAUGGUAGCUUUUCCACAGGAGACCAUUCCUUGGACCAGAAGAUAUCUGAGUUGGACCCCAAGGACCAGACCAAGGCCAAGGAGGCGUUUGAAAGAGGAUAUAAGGAAGCCAUCAAGAACCAUGGCAAGUAA